GAAAUAAAAAGUUGCAAUUACAUUUUUUUACUUUUUUUUAUUCUGUGGCGGAAACAAGCUGCCACAUAAUUGUCGAUACACUUGAAAUGCAAUAAUUAUCUCCAUGUUAACCUUUGCUGAACAGUAAAAUGUAUACAAUAUUAGCAGGUAUUUUUAUGUUAUCAACAACAGUAGUUGUACUAUUAGUAUUAGUGCAUUAUUAGUUUUAUAAAUGAACAGAGACACUGCUUUGAGGUCAAGUUAAUAAAGGCAAAUGAAUAAAUAACUUAAAUGGAAGCGGGUUAAGGCCUCAUACACUUCAUAAACAUUCACUUGUGUCAUUACCUAUGAAUGUGCAUGAGCGAGGAGAUACUGUAUCACUCAAAUGAUAAGAAGAUUUUAUUGUCAUAUACACAGACGCAAAAGUGUAUCUGCGUGGGUUCUUUCUUCUGUGUGCAUCUGUUCUGAAUGUUCAUUUAGUAUGUAUCUGUGCAGAUGAUGCAUGUAUAAAGGAUGGAGAUAGGAUGAGUGGAGGCACACUGACCCUGUGUAGUGAAGUUUGUUUACACUGAGUGCAGGACAUUAUGUUCAUUUAGUUUCAAUAUAUCAGUCAGUCACAGCACUGGUGACUGAGGAAGGACACUCUGGGCCUUUCACAGGUGUCAGUGCGGUCACAAGCUGACAGCAUGUCAAAGUGCUUCACCUGCAGGCCAUAUUUGUGUACCUGAUGCCUCUCUCAUGGAUAUGGACGCUUUUAUGCAUUAUAUCAGUUAUAUUGUCAAUUUGUGUAAGAUGUAACUGCACAGAUGGAGAAACCGAGUCCUCAGGUGACCAGGCCAGCCGCGUGAGACACAUGUGGCAGCUCUCAAUGAGGGAUGCAAAAAUGAGAGAGAAAGCAGCCAUAGGGGAGUCUAAUCCAGCUCGACAUCAGCUCCUGUAUUGCCGUGUUGGGAUUGGUUUCCACCUACAGAUUGUGAUGAAUGGCAGUGUUUGGGGCGUACACGAGCCUUCUGAGUACAGCUUGCUGAGAGUGUUUGCUGUCAGGCCGGGCAUAGUGGGUAUCUGUGGUGUGAAGAGUGAGCGAUAUUUGUGCAUGAAUCCGGAGGGAAUUGCACAUGGAAUGAAGAAGUUCUCAAAUGAAUGUCUGUUUAAAGAGAACAUGGAGGAGAAUCAUUACAACACAUACGCCUCCCUAAGCACAGGAUUUUUCUUGGCUUUGUCGCAGCAAGGACAGCUGAGGAAAGGGAAAAAAGUGGGCCGGCACCAGGCAUGCACUCACUUCUUGCCUCGCAAACCCUUAUCUCAUUAAACUCGCUCCUAACAGAGCCGUCUUUAGGGGGGUGCAGCUGGUGCGGUCGCACCGGGCCCCGCGUCAGCAAAGGAUGGCCCUGUUUCCAGCUACUACAUGCAGUAUCAACAUUUAGACAUGAAACGUUCAGUGGGUGCUGUAAGCUCUUUCCACUGAGACAUGGAAAGAGAUGUAUGCAAAAGUGAAAGUAAAAAAGUGAAAGUCAUGAUAUUUGCCAAGUAUGGUAACCCAUAUUCGGAAUUGGUGCUCUGCAUUUAACCCAUCCAAGUGCACACACACAGCAG